UAAAAUCCUUUAUUUUGAAGGCGGAACAAAAGUAAAUCCAGGCAGCGAGCCAAAGUCCAAAAACUCCAAGGCUGGAGAAACAAAGCUCACCAAGAGCACGAGCAAACACUGACAGAAUUAACAUACAGAUACGUUAAUGGACCGACACAAGACAGAGACAAUACCGGGCUUAAAUAGACUGGGAGACAAAUUAAGGAAACAGGAAGCAGGUGUGUGGAGUGAGGGCUGGAGGGAAGGCAGGUGACACUAAUCAACUCAAUGGGGAAAAACAGAGACAGAGGAGGGCAAAUACCUAAACACAAAACUAAACAAAUAUUACCAAAAGACAGAGGGAAGGACUCACACAAACUAGCUGGAGGAGGACAUAGCACAUACACCCACACACACUGAGCUGGGGAGAACGAGACUGGAGCUGACCUGGGAGGAAAGGGUAGAUAAGAUAACAUAAGACACUAAACUGACAUGCAGAAAAAGGACACACGAGGGCGCCAAAGGGCUACAACAUAAGACACAUAACAGGGAUGCAGACAAGGACACAUGAGGGCACUAAGAGAGCACAAGGGGGGAACCUGGAGUGGAGCACAAGAGGAGCUGGGGAACAAAGGGACACAAGAGGGAAUCUAGAGAGGGAUGGAGGACACCAGGAGGCACAAAAAAGAAAAGGGGCUGACGCAGACCAUGACAACCAGCCAGACAACAUGGUGCACAUGAAAGCCAAAGGAGCUGCAGUUGUUGUGGAAUUAAACUCACUGACAUCUGAAGACCUCAGAGAUGCGAUCAACACCGUCAUCGAUGGCACAACCUACAAAGAAAGUGCUAUGAGACUGUCCAGAAUCCACCACGACAGACCCAUGAGUCCUCUGGACGAGGCGGUUUUCUGGAUCGAGUUCACCAUGAGGCACAAAGGAGCAAAGCACCUGAGGGUCCAGGCCCACGAGCUCACCUGGUACCAGUAUCACAGCCUGCAUGUCCUGAGCUUCCUGCUCUCUGUGGUUCUGCUGCUCCUGUUCCUCCUCGACAAGACCUGCAGGUUCUGUUUCCGGAGGAGCUGCUGCAGAAGGAACACCAAGAGGAAGGCUGAAUAACAAACUCAGCUCAGGUUUAUUAAAGUUAAAUAUUCAAUAGAAAGGCUGACUUAAUAUAGAUUUUAAUCUGUCUUUUGACCACUGACCUCUUGUGUAAAAACAGGGAAGUAAGAAACUGUUUAAAAAAAGCAAAAAACAAAAGUGUUUUGAUGUAUUUUUUAUCUUCUGUGUGAUCAAAUAGGGUUUUGGGUUUUUAUUAUUACAAAAAAGGAAAAGGAAAAACAUCAGUGUCCAAUGUUUUCACUUCUGAAUAAAUGGUUUGUACUUCACAUUUUUAUGUUAAAUUCUGACCAUUGAGUUUUUGCUCAAGUUUCAGUAACUUCUGUCAAACUGUUUAGAAAAAAUAUCAAACAGCCGGGAUUAAACCCGCAACCUUCUGAUUACUGAACGACCCGCUCUCCCUCGGGAGCUACUGCUGUCCAAAUGACUAGUUAUAAAUGACCUGCACUUGCAAAGGGUUUUCAAGUCGGUGUGUGGAGGAAAUUUGGGGUCAAAUGUCAUGCUGCACCUGAGAAGUGAUAUUAGUGGAUUUAUUUAUGGUUUUAUUAGUAAUGUUUCUUCAUGUCUGUGGCUACAGCAGGACAAUGUUUCAUUUAAAUGUUGUUCGGAGGGACCGGCGUCGCCUGCGUAUGGCAGACUCGCCUCUGUCAGGACACCCCAGGGCAGCUGUCCCAUCUAUUCUGGAAGCAAUUUAACUGCUGAAAUCUUGGGCAUCCCUCUAGUCUUUUCUUUGAGAUUUUCGAUAGCAAACAACUGGGAGAGACUGUGUGGUCAGCUACCUGCUCCACCUUCCUACG